CUCACCAGCUGCUAGGCUCUUUGCGGGUUCGUGAACCUAGUUUGGGUUCUUCACGGAACCCUUUUGCUGGGUUCGCGGAACUCAGUUGCUCGGUUUGCGAAACCUAGAUCUGGAUUUCGCGAUGCUUGGUUCGCGGAACCUAGAUCUGGGUUCCGUGAGGAACCCAGUUGCUGGGUUCGUGGAACUUAGAUCUGGGUUCCACAAGGAACCCAAUUGCUGGGUUCGCAGAAUCCAGUUGCUGGGUUCUUUGCUUGCUGGGUUCAAGGAACCCAGUUUCUGCUACAUUGAGGCAUUGAAUCACUUUUUUCAUUUUCUAAUCGGAUUUGAUCUAUAGACUGAUUUUCCUCACUAGAGGAGUUUUAAACCAUCUGAAUCAACGUUGUAUCUUUUCUUCUCAUUUCGCACAGAUUUGUGGCACAGUGAGGCAUCGAUUUGUUUUUUGCUAGAUCAGAUUUUGAUGCUUAGAUCUUAUUUUUGUGAUUUUUGUUCAAUUUUAUUAAGAAUGUGACCCGAUCUUGUGUGUGAUUAUUGGUGGUUAGACUGCUAAUUCUGUUGGUUCAAAUUUCACUCCUCAUAUAUGGAAGUAGUAUGUCUUGUGUUAUUAUUGAAUACCAUGGUGGAGGAUAGAUUAGCAUUAGCUAUCAUGAUAUCUAGUUAGGCUUCAUAUCAGGACCUUAGGACAUGACAAUCCUUUCUAUGUUGUUCAAAAUCUGAUUGUUGGAGUUAUUUAUUAGUAGAAUCUUGUCAUGUAAGAAGUGGAAACAAAUGGCUACCUAUCUAUUUCUUUUACCGUAACUGAUGAGUUUGUUGAUGAAACGGUGACGACUCUCAGGAU